AUGACGACACCCGCGCCGCCCGAGGACCAGGCCCGCCUCCUGGAGGACGCCCUGGUCGCCGUUCGACAGCAGACGUCGCUCAUGCGGAAAUGUCUCGACACGCCUGGCAAGCUGAUGGAUGCGCUGAAGUGCUGCUCGACUCUCGUAUCGGAAUUGCGAACCAGCAGCCUCGGCCCUAAGCAGUACUACGAGCUCUACAUGGCCGUCUUUGACGCCUUGCGCUACCUGUCCGUCCACCUCCGCGAAAACCACCCCGUCAACCACCUCGCCGAUCUCUACGAGCUCGUCCAGUACGCUGGAAACAUAAUCCCCCGCCUCUACCUCAUGGUCACCGUCGGCACUGCCUACAUGGGUAUCGCGGAUGCGCCGGUCAAGGAGCUCAUGAAGGACAUGAUGGACAUGAGCCGCGGCGUCCAGCACCCCAUCCGCGGCCUCUUCCUUCGUUACUAUCUGUCAGGGCAGGCUAGGGACUACCUUCCCACCACCGAUAGCGAUGGCCCAGAAGGCAACCUCGGCGACUCUAUAAACUUUAUCCUCACCAACUUUGUCGAGAUGAACAAGCUUUGGGUCCGUCUGCAGCAUCAGGGACAUUCGAGAGAAAGGGACCAGCGCAUUCGCGAGCGAAAAGAGCUGCAGCUUCUCGUGGGCAGCAACAUUGUGCGCCUGAGUCAACUGGUAGAUCUCGAGGCCUACAAGUCUACCAUUCUCGGGCCGCUCCUGGAGCAGGUUGUUCAAUGUCGUGAUGUGCUGGCGCAGGAAUACCUCUUGGAGGUCAUCACCCAAGUGUUUCCCGACGAAUACCACCUGCACACGCUCGACAAGUUUCUCGGUGCCGUCUCGCGCCUAAACCCACAUGUCAAUGUCAAGUCGAUUGUCAUUGGCCUCAUGGACCGGCUGUCCGAGUUUGCCGAGCGCGAGACCUCGGCCGAAAAGUCGCCGGAGCAGGAAGGCCGCGAGACUGAGGCUCUCGCCAAGCUGCUGGAGAAAGCCAAGCUCAAGGACGCCACGGACACCACGGCCACCACGGACACCAAGGACACCGAGGACACCGGCGAGGCGGAAGAUGGCGAGACUGAAGGCGAAAGCGAGGAACCAGAGGACAAAGAUGCAAACGGCGCAACCGACUCCGACGCGCCCAAGUCCGACGCGGCCGAAGCAACCACCACCGAGACGGAAACGAAGGUCGGCGAUGGCAACGUACAGCUCUACGAGGUAUUCUUCUCCCAAGUCAAGAACCUAGUCGAGGCGCAACACCUGCCCAUCCAAGAUACCAUUGCCCUGCUUGUUUCGCUGCAAAACCUGGCACUCAACAACUAUCCCGAUCGCCUCGACUUUGUCGACCAGAUUCUCGCCUACGCCGCCACCAAGACCAAGGAAAAUAUGAACAAUGCCGACCUCCACUCCACACCUGCGCAGCAAAGCCUGUUGGCCCUCUUGCAGGCGCCGUUGGACCGCUACGUCUCGAUAUUCACUGCCCUGUCGCUGCCCACAUACGUUCCCCUGUUCCAGGCCCAAUCCUACCCUACUCGCCGGGCCGUCGCCGGAAACAUUAUUCGCUCCCUCCUCAAGACUCAGACCAAGGUUGUCAAGGCGGAACAGCUGGAAAAUGUCUUGGAAAUCAUGUCGGUCCUCAUCAAGGAAGGGAACCAAGCUGCGCAAGGCUACUCUGCCACUCAGCGCCGCCCCGUGGAGACUGACGAGACGAUGCAGGAGCAGGGCUGGUUGGCGAGAAUGAUUCACCUGCUGCAGGCCGAAGAUAACGAUACACAAUUCAAGCUACUCCAGAUGACGAGAAAAGCCUUGGCCGAUGGCGGUGACCGCAUUCGCACAACGACACCGCCGCUCAUCACUGCCAGCCUGCGACUCACGCGCAAGCUAAAGGCAAGGGAGGGUCUGGAUGACAACUGGGAGACGCAAAGCAACGCUCUGUUCAAAUUCAUGCAUUCUGCACUCAGCACUCUGUACACACGGGUCAAUGGAUCUGGGGCAUCCGAGAUGGCGCUGCGGCUAUUUUGCGCUGCGGGCCAGGCGGCCGACAUGACGGGCUUUGAGGAGGCUGCGUAUGAAUUUUUUGCGCAGGCGUUUACAGUGUACGAGGAAGCUGUGUCCGACUCUAAGGCGCAGUUCCAGGCUGUGUGCGUUAUUGCGUCGUCGCUACACCAGACGCGCAACUUUGGCAAGGAGAACUACGACACCCUCAUUACCAAGUGUGCCCAGCACGGAAGCAAGCUGCUGCGCAAGCCGGACCAAUGCCGGGCCGUGUAUCUGGCCAGCCACUUGUGGUGGGCCAAUGUCAUUCCCGGCAACAGAGAAACGGAAGAUUCUGAUCUUUACCGGGACGGCAAGCGAGUACUCGAGUGCCUGCAGCGGGCUCUCCGCGUGGCAGACUCGUGCAUGGAAACGGCGACGUCGAUUGAGCUGUUUGUCGAGAUUCUGGACCGCUACGUCUACUACUUUGACCAGCAAAACGAGUCGGUCACGACGAAAUAUCUCAACGGACUUAUUGAGCUCAUCCACUCAAAUCUGGCCGGAAACCAGCAAGAGUCUGCGUCCAUUGAGACGAGUAAAAAGCAUUUCCACCAGACGCUGGAGAAUAUCCGAAGCAGGCAAUACGAGGGAGUGGUGUUGUAUCCGAGUUAG